AUGGAGGGAGUCGAUCUUACCAAGGCGAUGCUCAACAAAGGCAAACAAAUGGCGAACGUCGCAGCAACAGCUGCCAAUGGCAAUGGAGGCAAGAAACGAAGAAAGGGAACCGACUUGAAACCUAUUCUGACCAACGAAGGAACUCCUGCAGAAUCCACCGGCGCCGCCCCUUCCAAACCCUCGGCGUCGCGUUCCUCCUCAUCGUCGGGCGAAGAGCUGGAAGCCACCGCGGAGGAAGAGGAUUCCGAAGAUUAUUGCAAGGGCGGGUACCAUCCGGUCGCGGUCGGGGAAACAUACAACAACGAUCGCUAUGUGAUCGUGCGCAAGCUGGGAUGGGGUCACUUCUCGACGGUCUGGUUAUCACGGGAUACGAAGACGGGUAAACACGUCGCGCUGAAGGUUGUUCGAUCCGCCGCCCACUACACCGAGACUGCGAUCGACGAAAUCAAACUGCUCAGCAAGAUCGUCCAAGCGAAGCCCUCGCACCCGGGUCGGAAGCACGUCGUCAGCCUGUUGGAUUCCUUCGAGCACAAGGGUCCCAAUGGUGUCCAUGUGUGUAUGGUGUUCGAGGUCCUAGGCGAGAAUCUGCUGGGUCUCAUCAAGCGAUGGAAUCACCGCGGGAUUCCCAUGCCGCUGGUGAAGCAAAUCACAAAGCAAGUAUUGCUGGGACUGGAUUAUCUUCACCGAGAGUGUGGCAUCAUUCACACGGACCUGAAGCCGGAGAACGUGCUGAUCGAGAUCGGAGACGUGGAGCAGAUCGUCAAGGCGCACGUGCAGGAGGAAGCCAAGAAAGAAGCCAAAGAGGAUAACAGAAAUGGGAGGAGACGCAGGCGAACCCUAAUUACGGGCAGUCAGCCGCUCCCCAGUCCGCUUAACACCAGCUUUAGCAGCUUUGACUUCAAACACAGUUCUUCCAACUCACACAGCAGUCUCAAUCAGAUGGUCAACGAAUCUUCAGCGACCACCGCAGAAGCCCCCUCCAUGAAAGAUAUGCUCGGAGUGAAGGAUGAAGAUGAGAAGCAAAACCAGCGGGAGAAGACAGCUGAUCUUCUGGAACGCGAGGUGUCCGGUAUUUCUCUUGAUAAGCCCCCUACAAGGUCACUAGAAGAAGAGAUCGAUGCCAACAUUAUAUCCGUCAAAAUCGCCGACCUGGGCAAUGCGUGCUGGGUGGGCCACCACUUCACAAAUGACAUCCAGACUCGUCAAUACCGCUCCCCAGAAGUCAUUCUGGGUUCAAAGUGGGGAGCCAGUACUGACGUCUGGAGUAUGGCUUGCAUGGUGUUCGAACUCAUCACAGGCGACUAUCUCUUCGACCCCCAAUCAGGCACCAAGUACGGCAAAGACGACGACCACAUCGCGCAGAUCAUUGAAUUGCUCGGUCCGUUCCCCAAAAACAUCUGCAUGAACGGUAAAUGGUCCAACGAGAUCUUCAACCGCAAGGGCGAGCUACGCAAUAUCCACCGCCUCCGUCACUGGGCGCUCCCCGACGUCCUGCGAGAAAAAUACCACUAUUCAAUGGAAGAGGCGAUGAAGAUCAGCGAGCUUCUCCUCCCAAUGCUCGACCUUUCGCCCGAAAAGCGAGCCAAUGCAGGUGGCAUGGCCUCUCACGAGUGGGUGAAGGGGACGCCCGGUAUGGACGGCAUUGAUCUUGGGAUUGAACCCGGGACUCGGGGUGAAGGAAUCGAAGGCUGGGCCGUUGAGGUGAAGAAGCGAUGA